AUGAUCAGAUUAAUUACGGAUAGACGAUUAACACAGAGAAUUAUUGCAGAUUCACUUAAUGUUAUUCCAAUAGCCACAUCGGGUGAUGUGCCGAAGGCGAGAAGUCUUCAUACACAUAUCAACACCGGAACGAGUCUUUUUGUUUUCGGCGGUAAAUUUGACAAUCCCGAAGAUAAACUAGAUGGAAACAUUUAUAUGCUCGACAUAGGUUCAAAGUAUAUUUGGAGUAAACCAACAAUUACAGGAAAUCUUCCUGCCGGAAGAUAUGGUCAUACGUCUACAGCAAUUGGGACAAAAAUAUAUAUUUUUGGUGGUCGAAAUGAUGAAAAAUAUUUAAAUGAUUUAAUUUCUUUUGAUUUUAAGAGUUUCAAAUCAAUUAAGAAAAAAAGUAAAUUGAAAUUUACUUUAGGUAAAGGAAAUAAUAAUUCAUCUGAAUGGAAUUUUAUUGUUCCAGCAAAUUCUCCACCACCUGCAAGGAGUGGACAUAUUUCUUGUAAUUGUGAUGAUAAAAUAUAUAUAUUUGGUGGGAGUGAUGGAGAAAAAUAUUACAAUGAUACAUGGUGUUAUGAUAUAAAAGAAAAUACAUGGACAGAGUUAUCUUGUACAGGUUAUAUACCAGCUCCACGAGAGUUACACAGCGCAACAAUUAUAAAUGAUGUUAUAUAUUCUUUUGGCGGAAGGACAAAAGAAGGAAAUGUAAUUAAGGAAUUAGGAGAUUUGUGCGCUUUUCGAAUAUCAAAUUUAAGAUGGUACAAGUUCCCAAAUCUUGGUCCAUCACCAAGUCCUCGGUAUAGUCUUAAUAUGACGGCGUCUCAUGAUAAAAUAUGUGUCUUUGGUGGUGAUUGUUCUCAACCACCAAAAAUAGACGAAGAUGGGAUAAUACAUAUUUUAGAUACUUAUCGAGGUCCUUCAGCAAUAGUUUCGCCACCACCAACGUCACAACCAAAAGUCAUAACCAGCAAAAUAAUUACACAAACAGGCAGAGAAACAUCCUUCCCACAGAGACCAACUUCUCCUUCAAAAGGAAAGGCACUCGAAAAUGUUCAAUUUUUUCAACAAGAAUAUUCGCCUACUGAUUCUGAAAUUAGUUCAUAUGAAUUGCAAACAAUAAAUGUAGCUCAAUUACAACAGCAACAAGAAUAUCUAUCAUCAAGGGAAAUAAUUCGUAAGAACUUCAUAGAUAAAAUAGAUAAAGGAGAUCUCAAUAAUAAUAAUUUGACAGGAUAUAAUAAUAAAUCUUCGUUACCAUUACCUAUAAAGUCAAAAAUUAACAUUAGUGCUUGGGCAAACCCUAUACAGGAUAUGUCAAUUAAACGAGAUUUUUUUGAGGUUCAAAAUUCAAUUCCGGAAGAUUCAAUAAUGACCACAAAUGAAAAUCCUAAUAGGCGAAUUUUUCUCGAUAAUCAACUAAGAAUUUCACAUCGACGAACAAAUUCACAAGAAUUAUCAAUCUCAUCAACACCAAGGGCUUUAGCACCCAGGAGAAUCUCAGUUGAUAAUAGGCCUACACCACAUGAAUUAUCAUUAGGACCUUCACAUAGACAGUUUCCUAUCAGAAGAGCUUCUGCAGAUAAUUAUAAAACAACCAAACAAAUAACAGGAUUUCCUUCGGGACGAACUUCUUGCGAUAAUCAAAGGACAAUUACAACAAUUAUUGAGUCUCCCUCGAGGGCAACUUUUGCUGAUGAUACAAAAUUGAUUACAUCAACAAUCAAAUCUCCUUCGAAAAUAACUGUUAAUAAUCAAAAAACUACCUUGAUUGAUAAUCAAAGAACAAUUACUCCAAUAAUGGAAUCACCCUCGAAUAAAAUUUUAGUCGAUAAAGAAAGUACAGUCACUCCUAUAAUGGAAUCUCUCUCGAAUUCAACUUUAGUUGAUAAGGAAAAGACAAUUACACCAAUAACGGAAUCUCCCUCGAACACAACUAUAGUUGAUAAUCAGAAGUCAAUUACGGAGUCUCCCUCGAACCCAAACACAACAUUUAUUGAUAAUGAAAGAAUAAUUACGCCAAUAACGGAACCUCCUUCUCAAACUCCAGUAGUGGAAACUUCCUCGACUACAACUUUAGUUGAUAAUGAAAGAACAAUCACACCAAUUGUAGAAUCUCCCACCGAAACAACAUGGACAACUUUGGUUGGUAAUCAAAGAACAACAAUGCAGGCAACGGAAGUUAAUUCAUUGAAGAUUUCGGUUGAUAAUCAAAUAAUAGGUUCACAUUUUGGAGAACAUCCUUCGACAAUAUCUGUUGAAAGUCAAAAAACCACACAAACAACCGAGAUGCCUUCAAGGCAAAUCUCUCAUGAUAGUAAAAUGGAUUUGCCGAUAAUAGGAUUUCCUUCAACCACCAUCGCCUCGAUUAAUAAUACACCCAAUAUCAUACCAACGUCGAGAGCGUCGGCUUUGCCAGUAUCGUCAGUAAUUUCUGAACAAAAAGAACUAGUUACUAGUGAAGCUACAAGAAAUACGACAAUUGACGUUAGUGAAAAUAAGACUGAGAAAGUUAAAAACAUACCAAGUAAGAGAAAUAAUAGUUCAACUACUACGAUUUAUAAAUCUGAUAAGCGAAGUUCAUCAGAUUCUUUGACAUCAUCAUCGUCAAACCAAAGCAAUCAUUCAUUAUCAAGUCGUCGGAAUGGAAAAGAAACUCGUCCACGUGGUGCUAGACCCAUGGGUGCCAGUAGACCAAAUAAUAGUUCUCCAUUACACAUGAGAACAGAUUCCGAUCAAUUAAAUCGGGAUAGUUUGAUAAAAUUACAAGAAUCAUUGACACAUUCACCUAGUAAUGGUAUAAAUACUCCGGAUAAUUCAUCAGUUGCUUCAUUGCGAAGUGGGAAUUCUGUUUAUAAUGAUGAUGAAAGUACUCGAGUACGGUCGUCAUCACAGCCGAAAUCAUCAAAUUCUUCUAUCUCGGAUGUUAAACCUAAUAAUGAUAGUGGGAAUGAAAAAUCACAACAUGAAAGUGAAAGUGACGGUUCAGUAUAUGAAAACGAAGAUAUAAUGACAACAUCGUCAAAUACGAAUGAUAGUUUUAUUAUUCAAACAUCUAAAUUAGAUGUCACCGAAGAUGUCUCAGAUAUACCUCAUCUUAAAAUGGAUGAUGAAAAUUUAAAGCAGGAAUUUGAACAACAUCAGUCAAAUAUAAAAGAAUUUAAACAACGAGAAUCAUGGUUUAAAGCUGAACUGGAUUCGGCACGUAAAUCAGGAUUUACACCUGAUCUGUAUGAUGAUGGGAACAAAGAGGAUGGUGGUGCAACGGAAGAAGUCGAAAAAAUGUUAAUUAAUGAAGAUGAUGAUGAGGUAUACAAUGCAGAACAAAGGAGAGUUAUGGAAUCGAUCAUCCAAAUUCAACAAAGGUUAUUGAAGGCAAAAGCAAAGAUAUCAAAUCAGGCACAGGUCGUAUCACAAAAACUUUCAUCAACAGAACGAGCAAGAUCGGCAGCGGUGCAUGAGGCAACGUAUUUUAGGACGAAAUUAGAUACUUUGGUCAAAUUGUCUGAAUCCAAAUUUUCUAACGUUGAACUUGGUCAAACAAAAGAGUUGGAAAAGCAAUUGAUUAAGACAUUAACGGAAAAUAAAAUGUUAGAAGAUCAAUAUCUUGAAUUUUAUCAAUCAUCAAAUUUAGAAAAAUCCACAAAAAAAUCGGUUAAUGAUCAAAUACAAAUUGAUAUAUCAAGAGCCGAAAGUGCCGAAAAAGCAAGAGAGAGAGUUUUAGCCAAAUUAGCCGCCUUAAGGUUAAAAGCUGCCACAUCCGAAUCACAAUUAGAAAAAUCAAAUAAGCAAUUAGAAAAGGUCAAUAAUGAAAUAGAAUUAUUUAGGAAAGAAAAAUCCAAUGAUAGAGUAAAAAUAAAUAAUUUACACUCGAAUUUAGAGCAUCAUCAUCAAGUAUUUGAACAAGUUAGUAAUGCAGUAUUGAUAGCCAAUGAAAGAGCUGAAGAAGCCGAAAAAUUAUGGAAACAAUCUAGAAAUGAUAUUUUUAAAUUAGAAAAGGAAGUGGUAGGAUUAAAAAUGGAACUGGAAAAUAAAACGAGAGAAUUGGAUCACGCUGUUGACAGAGUAGAUGAAGUAGAAAGAUUAUUAGGUAAAGUACAAAAAGAAGGUUCGGUGGUUAGAAAUCUGAUGCAAGAAGGUAUGACUGAAUUAUUAAAUAUUAGUUGGUGGGAUAAGGUUAGUAAUAGUGUUUGGGAAAAUGCUAAAAUUAGAAGACUAGAAGAAGAAUUAGCUCUUCUUAAAAGUUCCAAAGACGAUGACAAUUAUUUAAAAUUAUAUGAAUAA